GGCUACAGUGUGUGUGGCUAUUCGCAGGCGUGAUCACCGUGUGAAAGUAACCCUAGAGAGUAACCCCUAAUACCAAAAUAUUUUUCUCAAAAAAGGGCGUAAAUUGACGUCGAAAAUUUCCGGAAUCAGGAAAAUAAUGUCCACCGCUAUGAAAUUUAUAGACAUUGGGGCGAAUCUCACAGAUCCUAUGUACCAAGGAUUUUACCAUGACAGUAAAAAACAUGCUCCAGACUUGACCGAUGUACUGGAUCGUUCAUGGAAUCAGGGUCUCUCCAAAAUUAUCAUUACUGGAGGGAGUCUUGAAGAUAGUAAAAAAGCGUUGGACCUGGCUCAGACGAAUGAUAAACUAUACUGCACUGUUGGAUGUCAUCCGACUCGAAGUCUUGAGUUUGAGAAAGACGGAGAGCCUGAUCAUUACCUGAGUGGUUUAGAAGAGCUCUGCAUACAAAAUAAAGGGAAGGUGGUUGCCUUUGGAGAGUUUGGGCUUGAUUAUGAUCGUGAAAAAUUUGCACCAAAAGAUGCUCAGAUAAAGUAUUUUAAGGAGCAGCUGAAGCUCAAUGAAAAACUACGGUUGCCAAUGUUCUUACAUUGCAGGGCUGCUUCAUCUGACUUUUUGGAAAUAAUGGGAAAACACAAAUCCUUGAUUGAGGAAUGUGGAGGGGUUGUGCACUCCUUUGAUGGAAGCAAAGAAGAUGUAAAUAUCAUCACUGAGUUAGGUCUUCAUAUUGGCAUCAAUGGCUGUUCCUUGAAAACUGAAGAAAACUUAGAAGUCUUGAAAACAAUACCCAAUGAUCGCCUUAUGAUAGAGACUGACUGUCCCUGGUGCGAAGUGCGUCCACGGCAUGCUGGCUUCUCUCUCAUCAAAACUCAAUUCCCCAGCGUGAAAAAAGAAAAAUGGCAAAGUGGUUCUAUGAUCAAAAGUCGAAAUGAGCCUGCUAACAUUAUACAAGUCAUGGAAAUAAUUGCCAGUGUUAAAGAAACUGAUAUAUCAUCAUUAUCUAAGCUAAUUUAUGAAAACACAAUGAAAGUCUUCUUUAGACAUGAAAAAAUUAAUCUUUGAUGUUUUGAAGAAAAAAUAUAUUUACAUGUGUUUUUGUACAAGAAA